AUGAGUGCUUCCAAAACAAUGGACUCUUUUUAUAAAAAGAAAAGAAACGUCUUAACACUUAUUAAUGAUGAACAAGAUUUAUACAUAUAUAAAGACAUAUAUGAUAAUUGUGAGAAUGAUAUAUAUUCUUUAUAUUUAAAUAUCAUUAAUCAAUAUAAAAAUUGUUUGGAUGGGGAAAAGAAAUUAUUUCUCAACAAGUGUAUUAAGAAUGGGAAUGUAAAAUAUAUAGAAAAAGUGGUUAAGCAAAUUAUAGAAAAAAAAAAUGUAUAUAAUGAUAUAGAUGAUAAAUCAAUAAAAAAAAGUAUCGACUUAUUAAUAUAUCCUUGUGUAUAUGAAAUAAAUAAAAAGGAAUUUUAUUAUACAACUUCUUGUUGUUCAGGUAGAAUUGUUAUUUUUAAAGAAGUACAUAUAAAUAAUAAAAAUGAUAACCAAAAAAAAAUUUUUAAAAAUAAUACUAUUUCUCAAGAAAAAAAUGAAGAAAAUAUAAGUCAUCAUUUAAGUAAUAUAAAUUUAUCAAAUAUCCAUGAAAAGGAUGAACUUUUUCUUUCUCAUUUUAAAAAAAAUUUUAUUUUACAAAAUAACGAAGAAAAAUAUACAUGUUG